GACUAUUCAAAGAGACACAAGAGCGCCAAAAGGAACUAAAAAGUCCACCUGGAGACUUUGGGAGAUUUGACUGGAGGUAUUUCAGACCCGAUCAGAGCGCGGAUCUCACAUCUCCACUGCACAUGUGUAAAGCAAUGCUUGUGCGGAACGGCUCUCGGCUUUUGCUCUUCAUAACUCUAUCCAGUGUUUUAUAUGCCCGGACCUUAAGUUUACCCUUCGCCUCCAUGAGAGAAACAAGACACGCAGACGGGCUCUUCACAAGCGGAUACAGUAAACUUCUAGGACAGCUAUCUGCCAGACGAUACCUGGAGUCAUUGAUCGGAAAGCGGGUCAGUGAUGAUUUGAUGGAAGACCAGGCGCCGAUGAAGCGUCAUUCAGAUGCAAUAUUCACAGACAACUACAGUCGCUUUCGUAAGCAGAUGGCGGUGAAGAAAUAUCUGAACUCUGUUCUCACAGGAAAGCGAAGUCAAGAAGACCCACCCAGUAUGCAGGAGGAAUCAGCCGGCGGAGAAACCACAUAUCGGGAGAGCUACGAUGACGUGACUGUAGACCGACUUCUCAAUCAUAUACCAUUGCCACUCUGAGGUCAAUCCGAACGCAAGAAUUCAAGACCAUCCUAGGGUUUCCAUUUUACACAGUCUAGCAUAGGACAUCAGCAUACUACUAAAACAACGUGUUGAAGAAAAAAAUAAUAUAUAUGGUUACCUAUGACGUAAAUGUUUGCACUGUACAUAGAGAAUAAACUUUAAUGAGAGAUGUUAUAGCUUGAAGAUGUACAUAGUGUGCUUUGGCCUUGGAUCCGACACGUUUGCUUUGACAUGUUUCCUGUAAAUUGUAGAUCAAUAAAUGCAUUGAAACAAGCCACACGGACUGGUACAAUGAAGAGCUGAAGACUGCUGAUUGGACGAUGAUGUAUCGCAGUGCGUUUUUGUAAGAUGAAUUAUUUUGUAAACAAACAAAUAUAUUGAUGUUGCUUCUAUGUGAACUCUAGAGGGACCAUUUUGGGGUUUUGGGAGGGUCGGGCAUUGGAAAUCUUUAUUUUUGCCAUUCAAAGAAUAAUAAAAGGUUGAAGAGCCAUACAA